AAGCCAUGCAUGUCAGCCGACUGUCCAUGAAGUGAUGAUGUGAUCGCCUCGCCAUGCCGCGAUGAGAAUUGCCCAGCGCAGCUUGCAAUGGCAGCAAACUGCCAGUCAGUGCAGUUGGCGGCCAUUUUGCACCAUCUUGUGCGGGCGGCAGACGUUGCGGCGCUGCACCAGAUCAGCAGGCUCAGUUGCAAUGGAUUCGCGGGCGUUGAAGGAGGAGCAGAUUGCCAUUGCCCGCGAGCGCGUCUUCGGGCCGCAGGGAAGCAUGCCCGGCGAUCGAGAAUUUCGGAAGAAACUGGAAGGACGUAAGCUCAUGAGAUGGUAUUUCCCUUCGAAAUUCAACCUCCAAGAGUUUCAGAUUCAUGACUACUUUGAGAUGCAGGCAGAGAGGUUUGCACCUCGAGAUCAGCACUCCAGCGUGCAAAAGCUCAUUCAGAUGUUGGACAAGGUGGCAAAGAACCGGGAAGGACUGCGGAAAUUCUUCAACGAUUUGGAUGAGGAAGCUUUCAUGCAGAACCACACGCUGCAGGAUCUCUAUGGGUUUUUCCGCUUGCUUGACGGCGACCACGCGCUCAGCAAGAUCCACCCGGAGAGUGACAUGUUUAAGAAGGUGUUCAUGCAGCACUCACCCUUCGGCGGCUCUUUGCCAUUUGCCCGGGUUUCUCAUUUGCCGGAUGAGGCCGAGACGGAGGACAAGGCGGACGACGAUGGGAAAGCUGAGGCGAAGGAGCUGGCUGGCAAUUGGAAGGAUAUGGAUUUGGUCGUGUUGUAUGCCAGCCUUCUGGAAUCGCUUCCGCCCGAAAAGCAGAGCACACUUCGCGCUGAAGUGUCCAGGUGCAGCUCGCCGCAGGAGUUUCGCUCGUUGCUGGAUCGCACCAUGCAGGAGAACAACUUCGUGCCACCUCUCGGCCACAGCACCGCAAUUCUUCACGAUCGCGAUCCCAAAGGUCAAGCAGAUGAUGAGG